AUGUCAAGUAUCAGCCAAGCAAACUUUGUUCUGAUGAGAAACUCUCCAGUUUCCAGUUUCUCUGGCAUUAUCUUGGUUUGCGGAUCGGGCCAUCGGGUCCUACACAACGGCCAUAUCGGUCCGCAGGCGAUCUGCCCGUCCUUCACCGAUGAUGGCUCCGUUGCUUGCGGCUACCUCAGUAGCGUCACAGUCAGCACAUGGUCUCAGGGGAAUAGUGCAUGUGGGGUUGAGAUGGAGGUCGGAAAAUAG